AGGGGGGGGGUGGGGGGCGGGGGUUGAGGGAGAGCCAGUCAUAACAACAGGUGUUCAGCCACAGCAACACGAGCCUCCAGAACACGUGCACAGCCGUGUGAUCUAUUGCAAAUCCACUAGAACACGUUUGCAACUGAAGGAGGAACACGUCCACACCUACGGUCACAUGUGCACAGCAACAGAAACAAGUGCACAGGAGUAAAAACAAUGCAUAACAGUAGGAACAAGUGCACAACAGUAAGAACAAGUGUACAACAGUAAGAACAAGUGCACAGCUGUAAGAACCAGUGCACAACAGUAAGAACAAGUACACAACAGUAAGAACAAAUGCACAACAGUAAGAACAAGUGCAGAACAGUAGGAACAAGUGCACAACAGUAAGAACAGUUAGGAGUAAUAAAGCUAAGCAAGAGAAGAAGGUGGAGAAGAGGAGAAGAGAGAGAGAGAGAGGUCAGAGGAGAGCAACUUAGCGCCUCUCACACAAGAGAAGAGAAAGAGUUAAUGAUAAAGAUAAUAAUAUGGAUGAUAUAAAUGACGAACAGAGGAAACUUGAGAAUCAAUCUUCACCGAUAUUGUUGAUGUUUGUAACGGGGAAGACUGUGAGGAGGGUUGUGAAGUUGGUGGUGUUACUUGUAGUGUUGGGGGUGUGGUUCACUCCUUUCUUCUCCCCCACAACCACCGUACCUGCUGUCCACCACCACCGCAACCUGCACCACUACCACCACCACCACCACCACCACCACUACCAGCGUGCCUCGGAGGGCGCCGCCUCCACCACCCAGUUGCCCGCCUCGCCACCCACCCCGCUGAGUCCCCUGGUUGUGGUGAGCGGGCUGCCAGGGGCGGGUACAGGGUUGCUGAGGGCGGUGUUGGACGCCCACCCUCAAGUGAAGUGCUGGGAGGGAUCUGGCGUGCUCCACACCCUGGCCAGGAUGUGGCGCUCUUUAACAGCCUCCGCCAGAGAGAGGCACAGGCUCCAGCUCGCCGGUAUAUCUGAGACGGUGCUGAAGGAGGCGACUCAGCUCUUCCUGCUUGAGGUGCUGGCCAACAAUGUCUCCUCGGUGUCCAUCGCGUGCAUGAGGGACGCUCUGGCCCUGACAGGGGGACGCUACCUCCUUACUGCCUUCCCCAACACCAAGUUCAUCUUCCUGGUGAGAGAUCCUCGGGCCGCCGCCACCUCACUCUGGCGCCGCCAGGUACCAUUGUUGGGGCGCGGCUUGAGGAGUGUGGAGGAAGGUCUGAGGAUGCUGGAGGACCUGCUGGGGGUGCUGCGGACCGAGUGCCUGCUGAUGGGUCCGCGCCGCUGCCUCCCCGUCCACUACGAGGCCCUCGUCCUCAACCCCAGGAAAACGAUGGGGAAAGUGAUGAGAUUUAUUGGCGGGAACUUGAACAAGGACAUGAUCCACCACCACCACGCGAUCGGCAGCUUCACGCCCAGCACCGACACCUUGACGGGGCUGAAGACGGACUCCCUGACGGCGUGGGUCGCCCACUUCCCGGGCUACCUGCGGCUCUCUCCUCGCUACUACUACGGCCAGGCCAAGUUCCUGGGCUACGACCUGCGUUCAUUCCCGCCGAACUACUUACGCCUGGGGCCCUACGACUGGAGCAGCCCCAGGCCCUGGCGACCGUCAAGGGACUCCGAGGAGUUCCUCAGGAUGGUGGGCAAGAUGGCAGCAAAGGCUUCAGGCGAACCUGUCCACGAUGAUGCUCAGGUCGGUCGCCAUUUAAGGGCCUUCCUCUACGUGUAAGGGCGCGUCUUCUCACACUUAGGGCCAUUUAUGAACGUAUGAGUGUUGCGUUUGAUAUUUGAGGGCCUUUAUGUAUAUGAGGGUGUCAUGUGGCACUUGAGCGCCUUCAUGUACGUGUGAAGGGUGUCAGCUGGCACUUGGGCGCCUUCAUGUACGUGUAAGGGGUGCCAACUGGCACUUGAGCGCCUUCAUGUACGUGUGAGGGGUGUCAGCUGGCACUUGAGCGCCUUCAUGUACGUGUAAGGGGUGCCAACUGGCACUUGAGCGCCUUCAUGUACGUGUGAGGGGUGUCAGCUGGCACUUGAGCGCCUUCAUGUACGUGUGCGGGUGUCAGCUGGCCCUUGAGCGCCUUUUAUAUAUGUGUGAGCGUGUCAGCUGGCCCUUGAGCGCCUUCAUGUACGUGUGAGAGGUACCACUUUUUUUUUAAUAUAUAUGGAGUAGGUUUAUUGUAUUAAUAAAACAUAGGAGCAAAUAUAUUUUAUUAAAUCUUCCAUAAACU